GACUACAGCUAGCCAUGCUCGAAUAGAUCAUGCGUCGUGAUUCGUAUAAAUGAAUAUCACUGAUGCAAAGCCGGUUAUUCACAAAAGCACUUUCAAUUCCCUAACUAAAAAUGCCCGGCAUUCCGAAAGGAUUGUUACGAUUGUGUCGGCUGGGGGGGAAAGGGGGUCGAGGGCCGACAGUUAAUCUGCGUAACAGUCAAAAGGCAAGUCAUGAAUCUGAGGCGACAAAAGAUUUGGCCAACGGGGCAGCAGCUAGUUUUAUGCUGGAUAGAGCUGCAAAACAGGACUCGAACAGUGAGGCGGACGAUCCAUCGACGAGCGGUACAUCUGCGGGCAUGGCAUUUUCUUGUGUUUGGCGGCCGCUAGCUUGUUUUGAGAGACAGCACAAUGAUUUGAAGUUUGCAUUGAUUCUGCUAAAUCAGCCCCUGACUGAGCUACGGCAACAGCUCAAACUUGUAUGGAGUCGAUCAGUCCUGAAGGCUGCGGCAGAUGGUGGCUCAAAUAGACUGUAUGAGUGCAUGAUGGGAAAUCAUCAGAGCUAUAUCCCAGAUUUAGUAACGGGAGACUUUGACUCGAUAAGACCAGAAGUUCUUCUUUACUAUCAGAGACGGGGAGCAAAAAUAAUUGAAACCCCUGAUCAGAACUACACAGAUUUCACCAAGUGCCUAAGGAUCGUCCUGGAUACGCUAGAGUGCAAUACCCUCAAGGUUGAAGCUGUAGUGGUGCUUGGCGCCAUGGGUGAGCGAUUUGAUCAGACCCUUGCCAGUGUGAACACGCUGUACGAGGCCAACAUCAACAGUGAGCUUCCUGUGUAUCUCCUUGCUGACAGAUCACUGGCAUGUCUACUCAGGCCGGGGAAACAUGUGAUUGAGGUCAACACGGGCCUUGAAGGCCCUUGGUGCGGUUUGAUCCCCAUUGGCAACAAGUGCCGACAAGUUACUACCACCGGGCUGAAGUGGAACCUAGACCACCAGCCGAUGCAGUUUGGAGGGCUGAUCAGUACGUCCAACACUUAUGCCGAGGGGACUGAGACAGUGACUGUCCAGACUGACCAGCCGCUACUCUGGACAAUGGGAUUCAAGGAUGACUUAUCUGUGCCCAAUACCAAGAAGUCAGACUCCUUUUAGGCAACAAUUCAUAUGUACCAAAUUCCUGGGAGCUAUUGUGCAAAUUUGGCAAGCAAAGUGAGAGUGUUGCUUUGCCAAAACAGGUCUUUCAUCACAUGGCUGUGGUAUUCUGUGUUUACAUAUCUUGUUUGCUGGAAUUCCCAAGUUUGUGUACAUUUCUUUAUAUUUAAAAGCCCCUUGAAUUUUGGUGAAAACAAAAAAAUGAAGAAAAAUUAAGGAAAGAAUUGUUGGGGUGACAUUCUCGCGGUUGGCAUGAUAUCAUUGCAGACGUUUAACACGCGGCAAAAGGGCAAAUGUACCCCUCUUGCUAUUCAAUAAUUCUCGGAUGUCCGACUGCAAUAAUUAAAAUCAUUAACAACAUCCGCUAUGGUCCCCGGGUUGUGGUGUAAAAUGCAGGUCACUGAUUUUGGCCUGGCAUUCUCUGGUAUGUCAGGACACUCAGGGAACAUUGAAAAGUUUGCUUUGGGAAAACCUGUGGGUUAAAAUUCCAUUACAUAAUGGACGAACUUGCAUAAAAUUAUGAAAACCUGCCUUUGAACCAAAUGAAGUUUGACAAAAAACUUGUCUGCACUUUCCAGGUAUGAUGUUUAACCUGUUCUGGUGUUUGGAACGUUUAAUUUCGUAAUCACAUGUCACAAAUCAUGCAGUGCUGUACAAUCUUUUUUUCCCCUCACAUUUGCUGGGUAAUAGUCAGACCAGUGUGUCACACUUUGAUGUAGCAACUCAAGAAAGCUAUGGUAGCCUUGGUUUGUGUGCUAGAGUGGGCCUUUGGGUUGCUUUGGCAUCCAUUUGAAAGUCUGGGCACUUUUUUGGCAUGGCACUACUCAGCCAGUGCAGUGUUUCCUUGGUCAUGUUACAAACGAAAGUGAUUGGGCCUCUUAUUUUUUCACAGGUGACAUGACCAUUGAAAACUGAAAUAUGUUAAAAUAAUUAAACAAAAUGCUCUAGAAGAAAAAAAGUUAAUGGAAAGCAUUUUUGAUAUAUAUUUUAUUUUGAUGGUAUAUAAAAAAUUUCAGACAAAUUUCCUGAAAACAUGAUAUAUCUCCUGCUAGACGUAAAGCACAUGUUCAUAUUUGUCAUGUCUGUAUCAGAGAAAGAUUUUACUAGUUUAUUUUAUCCUAAUAGGGGAUAUUUUUACACAACAGGGUUGCAAGUUAAAUACUUGAGUAUGUUUUCCAUUAUGCUAUUUGUUAUUUUCUGUUUUAAGAUCCACUUUUGAAUUGUGGCACUUCAGACAGAUUCAAGUGUUGUCCACAAAAUAAAAAUUGCUGCUUUACAACUAUUAAAACCGGUCAAACAAUCAGGGCCAAAUUUCAUUGCACUGCCAAGGACACGAUUUCACACUUACAGAGGUUCCAUGUAUUUCAUGAAUACAGGAAGCAGUAAGCACGGCAAAAGGCAUGCUUACCUUGGAGGAAAAUUUUGCUUUAGGUAGUGACAAAUCAAUGGAAAUCUCUCUAAGCCAACUGUUAAGCAGCCACAUGAAAUGGGCCCUGAUGUCAACUUUACAUUAAAGCUCGCUCAAACAGUCAGGUUUCCUGAAUACAGUAUUUGCCAAGGAGUAAGGGGUCCAAUCAAAAGGAGCUGGAGUACCAUGUGACUUCACAUUUUCCCUGAGAUAGACAUGGGCAAGCUUUUUGUCAGCAAGCUCACAUCAUAUGUUGUAAGCCAAGGGUAGGGCUCAUUGUCACUGAACAGUGAAUUUUUAUCGACUGCCAUGCCAGUCACCACUUUUACAGUUGUUGUUAUUGUUCCAAUCCAGUAUUGGAUGCUAUAGCUCUCUGGUUUUGUCUGACUUCUGCCAUUUGUAAAGCUUCAAAGGCUUGCCUACUGGGCCCAAUUUCACGGCAUUGCUAAGCACUAAAGUUUACGCUUGCAGAGACUCUUGUGUAUUUCAUGAAGAUUGUAAGCAGUAUUCACAACAAAAGGCAUACUAACCUCAGAGGGUGAACUUGCUUAACUGAGUGAAGUAACAAUAGAAAUCUCUGCGUGCGUGCAACUGGAAGCCCAAUCACGCCAAGCCAUAAAAUAGAGCUUAAGGUUAGCAACUUUUUCUGGAAUAAGCACUUUUCUGCUGUUAAGCAACUCUGUAGAAUUGGGCCCUAUUAAGUGCCGUGCGUGGCACCGUGGUCUUGCCUCAUAACAGUGACAGUGCACACCAGAUCGUGUGUCAUUGAGAGCGCCCUGUAUUUGUCCCAUGAAAUGGGUCUGUUAACCUGUGACUGAUAUAUAUAUAUAUAUAAACUUUAUGUAAGUGUACUAUAUUACAUGUAGUCUCCAAAACCUCAGGGAAUUUUGUAGCACAAUAAAAUGCAUUUUGAGAAUCUUAACUUGUGACAAAACAGUAGUACAUGUGUAUUACUUUGGUUAACCAAUGCAGCAUUUCUGGUGGGACGUGGUUUUUAGUUAAAAGGUUGCACCAUAUGUGUUAGUGCUAAGGUUUUGUUAAAGUAAUUCUCAUCAAUCCAGAUGAUUCAACUUUGUACUUUUUGAUUUGAAUGCUUAAUAACCGGCUACUUUUGGUGUCAUUUGUUCCUGGUUGCAACUACAUGUACUUGUCAAUAUCUGAACAGACACAAAUAAAGCAUCAAUUGAUUUUCUGACAGA